AUGUACAAGCUUGUCUCGGCCUGCCUCAACCUGUCACUCUAUACAAGGUUUCCUCACCCCACUUCACCUUGCCAAACACCCUACACAGGCUUCUCUCACCACGCCACACCCUGCCACACCCUAUACAAAAUUCCCUCACCACGCCACACCCUAUACAAGCUUCCCUCACCAUCCUACACUCUGCCACACCCUAUACAAAAUUCCCUCAACACGCCACACCCUGCCACACCCUAUACAAGAUUCCCUCACCACGCCACACCCUGCCACACCCUAUGCAAGAUUCCUUCACUAUCCCACACUCUGCCACACCCUAUGCAAGCUUCCUUCACCACGCCACAUCCUGUCACACCCUAUACAAGAUUCCCUCACCACGCCUCACCCUGCCACACCCUAUCUUGUGUCUUAUCCCGUUUAACUUUGCCACACUAUUCCAAUAUCCAACUACACCCUGCCUCAUCCUAUUCCCCACUGCCUCACAUUGCCACACCCUAUUUGAUGUCUUAUCCUGUUUAA